GCCAAUCGCAGUGGACGACAAGCAAACGAUCACGUUAGAUGUUAUUUUGCUUAUUUGCUUCUCAGCCGGGCCAGGGAGGAAGCGACAAACUGCCGACAGGCCAAAUUGUAGGUCAUCAGCUCGUGCUUUGCGAUUAAUACGUUACAUUUGUAAGAUUUGUCAAUUACCAGGAGCCUCGUUUUUUUUGUUUUUUUCCCCCCUCCUAUCCUGCCUCAGCUCAUCGGCGUGUGUGUAGCAGAAAGACCUCAUCUUGUGGAAGAUACCAUUUUUUUCCCCCAGCAGUGCUGCUUUUUCUUUGUCUUUUUCGUUUUUUCUCCUUUUUUCUUCUUUUUAAAAAAAAGCGGUAAAUAUUUUCUUUUUCUCCUCGUCAGUAUGAUCAACUAUGGAACUAUGCUGAGCUCAAACGAUAAGGUGGCGUGAUGACAUCACCGCUACUGCAAUGACGGCGGAUAAUCGACAGGAUUAAAGCGAACAUGAAGUCUGGGAGUAUUUUGAAACAUGGCCUCAUCAUCCUCUCCCUGUUUGGCCUCAUCUUCCUGCUGCACAACAUUACCAAUAGGGAGAACUGGAAGUACCACACGGUGUCAGCGAUGUACAAGUUGCAGGACCGGAUCUUCUGUUCACAUCUGGGCCAGCCGCCGUCACCGGAAGAAGAGCUGGAGGAGCGGGACAUUUUGGACUCCAUCGCCUGGCCUCAGCCGCCCUCGAGCGCCGCGCCGCCCGCCCUCUGUCAGACCAGCGACCCGGCCCACAGCCUGUUUACAAUCGUGCCCUCCCGAAACGGACGGCGUCGCUACGUGGGCGACCAGCUGGAAGUGCUGGUCCACCUGCACGACUUCGAGGGCCGACCCAAGCGCUACGGCGGCGACUUCCUGUUGGCUCGGUUGCACUCCCCAGAAUACAAGGCGGGCGUGGCCGGGCAAGUGCUGGACCACAAGAACGGACUUUAUUCCGCUCGCUUCCCGCUGCUGUGGGAGGGCUCGGCUCAGGUCGAGGUCACCAUGGUGCACUCGAGCGAGGCCGUCGCCGUGCUGCGGCGGCUGAGGGAGAAGCGGCCCGACCGGGUGUACUUCGUCAGCCUCUUUCGCCUCGGCCUUCGUUCGGAGACGACAGUGUGCAACGUGUGCCUGCCGCGAGACCAGGGGCCGCUGUGCAACUACACGGACCCUUACUCCGGUGAGCCGUGGUACUGCUACAAGCCCAAAAUGCUCGCCUGCGACGCCAGGAUCAACCACGCUAAGGGAGGCUACCUCAAAAACGUCAUCACCAAUAAGGAAGCUUUGCUCUUUCAGAGUGACGUGAACGUCAAAGUUCCCAUCCACGCUUCCACAACGGACACCAUCAACGUGUUGCCUUUCAGGAAAGAAAGCGGCAGUCCAAAAACGGAUCCCGUGAAGAUGGCGACGUCUGGGUACUACUACCAGGACUCGUGGAGGCCAUUGGGUGGCGUUCCCAUGCGGCGGUUUGACGGAGCGUCCGCCAUCGCUCAAUGUUUAACCAACAAGGUGGUCUACAUGUACGGCGACUCCACCGUGCGCCAGUGGUUCGAGUAUCUCCUCAAUGUGCUUCCAGACAUGAAGGAAUUCAACCUGCAGACUCCCAAAAAGGUGGGGCCCUUAAUGGCGGUGGACAGCACCCACAACAUUCUGCUGAAGUACCGCUGCCACGGCCCACCCAUCCGCUUCUCCACCGUCACGGCCAGCGAGUUGCGCUACAUCGCCAACGAGCUGGACGGCCUGGCCGGCGGUCCCAACACGGUGGUGGCGCUCAGCAUCUGGUCUCACUUCAGCACCUUCCCCGCGGAGGUGUACGUACGCCGCCUGCGGCACAUCCGCAAGGCGGUGGCGCGACUCCUGGACCGGGCGCCGGGGACGGCGGUGGCGGUGCGCACGGCCAACCCUCAGGCCCUGGGAGGGGACGUCAGCCUGUACAACAGCGACUGGUUUUCGCUGCAGCUGGACGCGGUGCUGCGCGCCGCGUUCAAGGGUCUCGACGUUAUGCUGGUGGACGCCUGGCAGAUGUGCGUGGCGCACCGCCAGCCUCACCACCUGCACCCUCCCACGGCCAUUGUCAAGAACAUGGUCGACAUGAUGUUGUCCUACGUUUGUCGUGAUGGGGCUGGGAACAAUGUGUGAAUUGAAUGGGUCAUAAUAUUUCUUAUUUAUUUCUUCUUUAAAAAUACUACAAAUCUUCGUGAUUUCGAACUGCAUAAAGAAGAGAAGAAUGUAUUGGACAUUUUUGCCUUUUUAAAAGUAUGACUUUGUGCUGCACAUUAAAAUGAGAAAAAUUG